AAAACGGUGUAAACAAUAGUAGUUACUUCCGCAUAAAAUAAAAAUGGCAACUGAAUUCACGGAAAAAAGUGUCAGAGAAUUUCUAAUUGCUAAUGGGGGACGAGUUAAAAAUACAGAUUUGGUUACACACUUUAAAAAGUUCCUCAAUGACCCUGCUAGAAGAGAUGAGAUGAGGGAAAAGUUCAAGAAUUUUGUCAAUACACUGGCAACAAUAAAGAUGGAUGACAAUAAAGAGAAGAUACUGAUGUUAAAGAAGAAAUACAGAGAAGAUGGCGGGGGUGGUAAAUUUGAUACCAGGGCACAAUCAGAACCUCCGUCUGGCCCAGUAACUACCCAAGAUCGACCUGAUGGUGCAGCGCCCUCUCGUGUGAAGAGUGACGGUAAUUUAUCAGCUACUGAUCAACGCCUGUCCUCACCCACGUUAUCUAAUGAUACAGGAAGUCUUGGGUCAAGCCAAUCAACAUCUUCUAUGCGAUCAUUGUCAUCAGUGGGUCAAGAAGAGGACAACAAUGCAUCUGUUUUAAGUGUGAAAGAGAGAGCUAAACAUUUGAACCGGAUAGAAUCGGAGUCUGAAAUACAAAAAGUCUCAUCCUCAAACCUUGGCGCUGUCCGUAAAAAAGAACAUAGGAAGGCUCGAGACCCUGAAAGUGAUGACUCCAGUUCUGAUAGUUACUCUCCUCUCAGUCCGGUAGAGAAAGAUUGGCUCGUGAAAUGUUCAGCUGCGGAAUAUCAUCUGAUGCAUGAGUUACUCUCUAAGAAUCCCCAUCUUGCCACUGUGAAAGAGUUUAAUUCUGUAAGAUAUUUUGGCUUAUUGUUAGUAAAUAUUUUCAUCCAUUUCGUUCCGAUGAUGAUAUUGAUGUUCAAAAAUGUUCCGAAAUAUGGGAAAGUAUGGGGAUUGGAGGCUUAGUUUGGGUAGGACAUC